GCUAACAUCGCAUUUGUUGCACGACGAGCUGUCGAACGUGACGAUUGGCUGUUGGGUACGAAAUUUAGAUGAUAUACCUAUCUGAUAAAACACGUCCUCUAAGUUGUCGGCAAGGUAAACUGUCAAGAGUUUCUGCAGACUACGAAAUGUAUUUUAAAUGUUAAGUGGAAAGUGAAAUGGAGUACUGAGAACUAAAUAUCGAAAGGAAGAAAGUUUUAAACAGAGCGUCUGAAUACCCGAAUUGUAAGGAAGAAUCGAAGAUGGAUUUCCAAAAUCGUCCGGGUGGCAAGACCGGCGGCGGCGGCGUCGCCUCCUGGUCGGAAAGCAAUCGUGACCGUCGGGAGAGGCUGCGUCAGCUCGCCCUGGAGACCAUCGACUUGAACAAGGAUCCAUAUUUUAUGAAGAAUCACUUAGGCUCAUACGAAUGUAAAUUGUGUCUCACCUUGCAUAACAAUGAAGGCAGUUACUUGGCACAUACUCAAGGCAAAAAGCAUCAGGCUAAUCUAGCCAGGCGAGCCGCGAAGGAAGCAAAAGAAGCACCACAGACUCUGGCACCAGAAAAACCCAGAGUAGAGCCGAAGAAGUUUGUGAAGAUUGGCCGACCUGGUUACAGAGUGACCAAACAGCGCGACCCAGAAUCUGGUCAGCAGAGCUUACUAUUCCAGGUGGAUUAUCCAGAAGUAGCUGACAAUGUAAUACCACGACACAGGUUUAUGUCAGCCUACGAACAGAGGGUCGAACCACCGGAUCGUAAGUGGCAGUACCUGCUUUUCGCUGCUGAGCCAUAUGAAACCAUUGCUUUUAAGGUGCCCAGUAGAGAAGUGGAGAAAGCAGAGGGCAAGUUCUGGACUCACUGGAACAAAGACACAAAGCAGUUUUUCCUACAGUUUGCAUUUAAAAAUGAGAAGCCUGUAGGUAAAGUACCGCCACCACCAGUUCCUUUGAUAAGACCAGGACUGGGUCCAAUGGUGCCUGUUCCACCGCCUCCGCCCAGACCACCGAUGUUCAAUCCGGUACCGCCGCCACCAGCUCUGUUGGCUACCGGAAUGCAAAUACCUCCACCGCCACCGCAUUUAGCAUAAGAUAUUUGACAGGAAGAUUGGGAAUUCCUUAUAUAAUAAUAAUAAUUUUAUGUAUACAAUGUAUCUCCUGACUGAAAUUUUAUUCAUUUAAAUUUUUAUCAUCACGAGACAUUGUCUUGAAUCAAAUUAACUCAGAAUUGUGCACAUAGUUGAAUAAGAUCUAAUAAGUUUGUACUUUCUGUAAUAAGUUUUAUCGAGGAUACAGCAUCUAUUUACUUCUAUUUAUACGGUGAUAAAUCAACAGAAAUAAAAAUGAAAUCACAGUUAUGGGUAAAACCUGAGGUGUUGCUGCUCAAUAAAAAUAAAUACAAGCAAUUCUGGGUUAAAGAAUGAAAUGAAUGAUUUAAUGUGUAAUUUGGUAUAUAAAAUAUAACUUGUCUUUAUAUAUAAAGCAAUGAUUAUUUAUAGUUGAAGCAUCGUGGAGUAUAAAUGAAAACAAAAAAAGACACAUGCAAUAUGUUGGGAAAAAGAUGUUAAUUUAUUAAUUUUUUGAAGGGACAUUUAUCUUUGUAACUUCAAGUAUAUUUCCAGAUGUUAUCCUGAAACCAAAAUACAAAUACAUUAAUACUUGGAUUAUUUAA